AUGAAUCAUUUGGCAGGAAGGUUAUUGUAUUUGGUGGCGACUUUAGACAAGUUUCUUCAGUUGUUUCAAAAGCAAAUAGUUGAUACAUUAGAUGCAGAUAUUCAUAUCAUACUUAAAAAUAAUACACUCCAAGAAUUAAUCAACUUUGUAUACCCAGAACUUCCAACACAAUCUCAGGAUGCAACGUAUUUAAUUGAGAGAGGAAUUCUUGCUUCAUGGAAUAAUGAAGUUGACACAUUGAAUACAGAAGUACUUGUCCAAUUUUCUGGAGAAGAAACAAUAUAUUACAGUGCAGAUGCAUUAGAUCAGAACACGGAAACAUAUAAUCCUAUUCAGGAGAGUCUUUAUCCA